UCCCAAUCAGGCCUGAGGCGCUGGUGAAGGGACUGGGGGAGGAGAAACCGGGGAAAGCCCGAUGCAGACGAUCUGGCGGGCGUCGUCAGCCCUCGGGAAAUCAUUUCCAUCUCGUGGCAGGAAGAGAUCCCCCGAAGCUGUGGGGUUGCACCUUAGAUAACUGGAAUCCGGGAUGCCUGUUCAGCGUCACCGCCCUAGCCAGCUCCGGGAAGCCCUCCUUUCUGCCAGAGUGAGCAACUGAGGCAAUUCCCUCUUCCACGCUUCCCUGUGGGACCUGCCGUGGCUCCAUUGCGUUUGAGGCCCUUCCAUACCGUGUAUCAAGGCUUACGUUCAGGUCUCCUUCGGAGCUGAGUCCCUGUUAGCUCACUGGUCUGCUGCCUCGUCCCCUGGAGCACAGGUUCCCUCUUCUCUCCCACGAAGAAGCUGUUCCUGGUCAAGAGCUGGCCAUUCUCUUCCAGCAGAAUGCCAUCCUUGAAAGCUAGAGAUUCCAGCUCACCAAAGUAGUUUAGAUAAUGACCUUCACAGAACCGUGUGCUCCUUGAAGCCGAGAGUGAAGAACUCCUCUUAAAGACUAUUCCUGCAGAGCAAGACGGGUCCUAUUAAUGCUCUCCCAAAAAAGAGAUUCCACACCUUUUCACAAUGACUUAACAAACCCCACCCCGUGGAACAUUCUUCCUAAUUUCUCAUGUAGAGCAGCUUUACCUACUAAGUCCUGUAGCCAACCUGUUAUUCAUUUUACUGGCUGAACUGCAACAUCCCCCAGCUGCCUACCUUCUGGGUGUUGGGGUGGGAAUCUGUGGUCUGUCCCCCUUCUUUGGAUUUUCUGCUUUUCUCCCACUGCCCCCAGCACAGUGGACAUAGGGCAAGGAUGUUAUGCUGGGAGUGAAGCAAAUGACUGUGCAGUUACUGGGAAGAAAGGAUUUUGUUGAGUGCAGCCAUCUCCCAGCUCCCCGCCCCUGCUGAGUAGCUGUGUGAAGCCAUCUUCCAUCCUCAUCUCCAGUUGAGCUGGCUGGCAGAGACCGACUGCACCUGCCAAGCCCCGCCCAAGAUGCAGAAUGGUCCUGGCUCACGCCAGUCCUUCCAUGCUGUCCUCAAGCCCUGCUUCCUGCACAUCUCCCAACCCCGAUGGGGAGAACUCCAGUAAGAAGGUCCACUGGACUUCUGGGAGGAGGAGGACGUCAUCCACAGACUUAGAGUCAAAGUCCUACGCCGACCCCUCCAAAGUGUCCAGGUCCCGGAGACCCAGCCGGCUGACGGUGAAGUAUGACCGGGGGCAGCUCCAGCGCUGGCUGGAGAUGGAGCAGUGGGUGGACGCGAAAGUUCAGGAGCUCUUCCAGGAUCAACCCACUCCUUCUGAGUCUGAGAUUGACCUGGAGGCUCUCUUGGAACUAUCCACAGAGGAACAGAAGACUCACUUGGAGGCUAUUCUCCGAAACUGCCCCCGCCCCACAGAGCCUUUUAUCUCUGAGCUGCUCAGUGAACUCAAGAAACUCCGGAGACUCAGUCGGCCUCAGAAAUAAGCCUUGUGAGACUACCUUCAGCAGCCUCAGCAUGCCAAGCUGUCCCUGAACCUUUGAAUCCUGGGCUGAAAGGACACAGGUGAUAGCCCCGUGGGACAGACAAGGAACGUGGAAGAUGAGGAGGGACUUUGGAUAUUCCUAGUGUAUGUGCAGUCAUAGCUGGGCUUUCUGGAAGCCGUUCAUGGCUGUUGCCUGGUACUUUCCUUGGCAGCCAAGUGGAUAAAGCUUUUGGGAGUCCCA